GAAUACUAUCUUUCAGGAAUUUACGCUGUCGUUACGUUAUGCGUUACGCUAUUUGACCGUCCUUCGGGAAUCUUAUCAAAAUGCUUGCAAACGAAGAAAUUUGUAAACAUUUACUCGGCGAAACAUUUACAAAUUCUUCGUCUUCAUGUCUUCCUCUUGGACGAAUAGAACUUGCAACAUUUGUGAGAAAUUAUUUUGUUGCGCUGAGUGUUGUAAGAGACAUCAAAGAAACAAGCAUCCGGAUCAAGAGUUUUAUUGUCCGUUAUGUUACGGUAAAAAAUUGCCAUUGCAUCCAAAAUUAGAUGAGAAAUUACUCUAUCAUGUAGCCGUCAAUCAUCUUCCUUUGUAUUGUUAUUUAUGUGGUGAUUUUUUCGAACAAAACAAGGAUAUCGAAUUAUUCGAUCCAUGCAAAUUUUGGUUGGCACAACGACGUCCUCAAGUAUCGAUCUCCGAAAGAAGAUCUCUCGUGGCCACGCCAAUAUCGUCAAAUUUAGGAACAAAGAAGAAGGAACAUUCGACGAUCGACGGCGAUUACAAUGGUAAUUUUGUUGGCCCAUUAACGUCCCCGCCAGAACUUUAUAGAACAACGAGUACGCCGAUGCACGUUGCCGUAACGGGGAAACAGUCGAGCCUCGAAUACAAGACUCCGCACGUGCCAAAUUUUUUAUUAAAGACACCAAACAUAAGUUCAGCGACCUCGAUAGUAAAAAGUUACACGUACGGAUCAGAAUCGAAAAGUAGCGAUUUCGAGGGUAAGUCUAGCAGUUAUUUGACUUGUUAUACGAAUCAGGAUAAAACGCCAUUUCGAUCUUUACCAAGCGAUUUUGGCGUGGAAGAACAGCUCUCAACAAAGAACAACCCAGGAUUGAUGUUAUCGGUUAUGCAAGAACAAGAAAGAACCGAAUACAUAACUGCUACCAAAACUAAAUUAUCGAACUAUGAAAUCGAAGGGUCGGCCGAUGAUAUGGAAUUAACCGGGGUCCAUGGUGGUAUAUUACCGGAGAUGAAAAACGUUGAAGUUAGAAUACACGAGGAAAGAAGAUCUAGUUCGUUCAAAAAGGUCAGAUUUUCUGAUCAAUACGAUAAAGAUAUUGAAUCGGGUAGAGGUAGUAUCGGUAGUUCGAAUAUGACGGAAAACGAUGAAUAUUAUGAAGCUCGAGAGUCGUUAUCACGAUCGACAGUUACAAUGGAGGAUGUACCAAUGAAAACGGAUAAUGGUAAAUUGACUAAUAUUGAUGCGAAUGCGUUUGAAAAGAAUCGGAAUGAGUCGAAGGUAGAUUCGAGAUCUAACACGGAGAAGAUUAGUGACAAUGAAAAUAAUAUUGAAAAGGAGAAUCGAUUUUAUAGAACUCAGACCACUCAUAGUAACAUUGGUGUUACCCAAAAAACUGGUUGUUCUCGUGUCGUGAUGAUGGUGAUAGUAGAGAACAAUUCGACUUCUGGAACAUCCAAUAUCGGACCUCUGAUCGAAUCUGGCUUAAAGCAAUUGUCAUCGAUGUCAGAUCUUGCCGAGUGUAAAAUAACAGAUACGGCUAAAAGAGAGUUGAUCAAAUCGUCGAUGGAAAAUAAUGUAAAUACUGCAAAUUAUAAAUUCUGUUCGGAUUCGACUCGGCAGAGUAAUAACGUGGAAAGUUCCUUGAAUAGAAACAAUUCUGCUGGUCUUUUAUCCUCUAUGACGCAUGCGGUUAAACAAGCGCUCAGAAGUUUUCCCGGUGGGAAUUUUUUAACGUCUACUUCGAGCGAACGAAUGUUUAAAAGAGACGAAAUACCUUCGUCGUCCGCAGUCAAUAAUUAUUUGUCAAAUAUUGCAUCUUACGUGUCGAAUAAUUCGCGUAAACGAUCAAGAGAUUUCAAGGAUGAAUCUCCUACCUCAACGACGGCAACUGAUUCUGCCGUUUUACAUGCCGAUGAUAGAAGUCCAAUGGCGAAAAGACAUCGAUACGGUUGGUAUAAAAUCAGAGGACGAGAACCAAUUGCAAGGAUGAAAAACAAGUUGACAUCGCCUAGAGGAAUAUCCUCGGAAACACAAAUUUUUAGUCAAGGUUCUUUGUCCGUUGGAAAUACGAUUAUACCGAUCCCAUCACGAGCACAUCAAUCUGUGCAAUCCGAUGUUAUAACUAACGAUUAAAGUUCUUUCUAACGUUUCGAGUAAUAUUUAAUAAGAGCAAAAAAAGACAAAAGCAAAAUAUAUAUAUAUAUACAUUAUUAGGUUAUGUACGAUAUUUUUUUUUUUAUUUGUCGAUCCAUCGUUGGAUAAAUUACAUUUAUUUUUGAUUAAUAAUUACAUUCCGUUUUCGUUUCUUUUCUUUUCUUUUCUUUUCUUUUCUUUUUUUUAUUUCAUUUUCUUUUUCGUCUUGCUUCGUCGUAAUAUGUAAUGACAUAAAUACGGACGAGUUUUUCGAUAAGCUAUCUUGCGUUUUGAAAUUUAUUUACAAUAUAUUUUCAUAAUUCGCGCCAGAAGAUGUAAUUGGUUAUGUUGUAUCUGCGCAAUGAAAAGGCGCAGAACGAAAAAGCGUCCAAUCGUCACGCUUAGAAUUGUAAGGUUAUGUUUCGUUAUGUUCAAUAUUGAAAACGUUCGUAAAUGUAACAUAUUAUUCUUAAAAAUUAUCGAUCGUUGCUCGAAUAAUAUUUCUUGGAAGUAAUUUU